GUUAGAGUCAAGGACACAUCUCCUCGGUUUUAGAUGCCCAGCUGCAGCUUGUAGCCCGGGACCCCCAGAAGCAACGCGGCUCUGAGACCCUCAGGACCCCCCCUCUGGUAGACGCUCCUCUGACCCAGUGCGGCUGAAGCCCCUGGACGCUCCUCCACCGUCACCAUGGGUACCGUGCUGUCUUUGUCCCCCAGCUACAGGAAGGCGGCCCUGUUUGAGGAUGGACCCGCCACUGUGGGUCACUACACGGCCGUGCAGAACAGCAAGAACGCCAAAGACAAGAACCUGAAGCGCCACUCGCUCAUCAAUGUGCUGCCAUGGAAACGGAUUGUAGCGGUGUCAGCGAAGAAGAAAAGCUCCAAGAAGGUCCAGCCCAACGGGACCUACCAGAACAAUGUCACCCAGCUCAACAACGAGAACCUGAAGAAGUCUCAGUCAUGCGCUAACCUGUCCACCUUUACGCAGGACCAGAGCACUCCACCUCUCACAAAGACCUCCAACAACACAUCAGUGUCGUCCGUGAAAAAGGCCCCUCUCACCAACUCCAAUGUGGCCCCCGGGACCCCAAAGAGAGUGAUUGUGCAGGCCUCCACCAGUGAGCUGCUGCGCUGCCUGGGGGAGUUCCUGUGCCGGCGCUGCUACAGGCUCAAACACCUGUCCCCCACAGACCCGGUGCUGUGGCUGCGCAGCGUGGACCGCUCCCUGCUCCUGCAGGGCUGGCAGGACCAGGGCUUCAUCACCCCUGCUAACGUAGUUUUCGUCUACAUGCUGUGUCGGGACGUGGUCUCCUCCGAGGUGGCCACAGAGCACGAGCUGCAGGCAGUGCUGCUCACCUGCCUCUACCUGUCCUACUCCUACAUGGGCAACGAGAUCUCCUACCCGCUCAAGCCCUUCCUGGUGGAGAGCUCCAAGGAGACCUUCUGGGAUCGCUGCCUGUCCAUCAUCAACCUGAUGAGCGCCAAGAUGCUGCAGAUCAACUCAGACCCGCACUACUUCACUCAGGUGUUCGCGGACCUGAAGAACGAGAGCCAGAAGGAGGAGGAGAGGAGCCGCCUGCUCAUCGGUCUGGACCGGUGA